AUUAUCGGAAUCAUCUUGAUUGUGCAAGCAUCAUAUAUGUCUUUUUUGAUUUAUUCCUUCUUUUGAGAGUUAGUUCAAGAGGGCUCUUUCCAAUACUCCACAUCAGAUGUUGCUACUGUCCACAUUUAUCUCAGGUGCUAAGGUGCUUUGAGGUGCUUUGUCCACUUCCGGACUCUCGUGGGACAAUUAGACUUCGUAAGGAUCAGUACAUCUGUCGGAUUACAUUGCGGAGACAAGAGGUUGCCUGUUUGAUGAACACUUCGAAAUCACGCUCAAUACCGUGACAGCGACAUGUGAGUGAUCUGCCACCGAGGCAGGUAUUCUUGUCGAGAUGAAGCCGAAUUUAUAAAGGAACGAGUUGUAGGAAGAUGCCCUUGCUCUGAUUCAGCCCAAUCGCACCCAGAUCACUCAGGUGUCCGCAAUUUGGAACGAGCCUCCAAUGUCCAACGCAUCAUGGGCGCCGCUCAACGAAACUACAUCUCAAAUUUGGAUUGAGGAGGCGACUAUCGACGGCGUCACCAUUGAGGCGGUGGGUUAUGGUGAGCGGUCCCAAGCGAUUAUGCGUGUUAGCUGCGCUAAGGCCAACGGUGCAGGUGCUCAUCUCACUCUCUUCUUUCAAUGCUUCGAGCUGUUAUGGAGCGUGAGGCGCAAACAGCCCAAGUUUGCGUACACGUUCUUGGUCUACAUUUCGGCGCUGUCCAUUUGUUCUGCCAUUGGCGCGGCCUCCUUCAGAAUAAACCAACAAGCCUUUGUGAACAACCGUAACUUUCCGGGUGGACCAGCCCAAUACGGGCUUUUGAGCUUCAACUCUCUCAAUGUCCUCGGCCCUGGUGGCUAUAUGGCCGCUUCUUGGCUCCAAGAUGGACUGUUGCUGUAUCGUUUCUACGUCAUAUGGGGCGGGUCCCUAUUGGCAAUGAUCCUUCCCACCCUUCUUUUUCUAUCCUCGAUCAUCAUGUCUUGCCUACUGCUUUCCGAACUUGAACAACCGGGAAGCACGAUGUGGGCACCUUCAAACACUGUCUUUGCUGUGGGAUUCGGUUCAACUACUGUUGCGACUACUUUGCUGCUCAGUACUCUCAUCGUUUCCCGCCUCCUCUAUACGCGUUACAAACUAAGCAAGAUCAUGGGCUCUGUCGAACUAGCACCUUACCUCACGGUCUCUGCGAUGAUUGCAGAAUCCGCCUUGCUCUAUGUCGUAUGCGCUCUCACGUUCAUGAUAACCUACGCGACGGGAAGCACUGUCAGUUACUUGAUCUACGGUUUUCUAGGACAAGCACCGUCAAUUGCACCUCUCAUUAUCAUCCGGCGUGUUGCUGAAGGACGUGCUGCCAGCAAAGCGGCAUUGGCUGAGACCACUAUGGUGACCACAGGGAUACAAUUUGGUGCACCAGAGAUGUCUGCUGUUUCUCCGACAACAGUCGACUUGCAGACAAACCAAAACCGUGACCCAGCAAUGAAGACAAGUCAAACUACAGAUUUGUCACCUUUGGCAUAGUCGAGUCUGACAGACUGAUGAGAUUCGAGGCUAUCGAUUCACCGUUCCGAGUUGGAUUGCACGUCAGAUCACGAUGACAACGUACAUCUACCCACGUAUCAAGGAUACCAUAGAAAGGGUAGUGGCACAGAUUGUAUUGUUGCAAGGAUCUAGGUACUAACAGUCCUGAGUGUAUAAACGUGUGUGUAUUUAUUCCACAACGACCAGAGAUACCAAGAUACAUGCGUAUGUCUACAGAAGCAUUGUUAUACAAAGAGACCGGUUCUAUAUUCUUCGUUCAUAAUGAGCAGCUGCACUUAUAUUUCAUCUCUGGACAACCUUUC